CGGCUCUCACUUGACCGGUUAGUUUAUAUUAAAUCAUGACAACGUUAGCGCUCCUUGACUUUUGCACAAGUGAUUCUUCUUGCUCCUCCCUAGAACCGCCCCUGAUCUCCAUUUCAUAAAAUUGCAUAUCAGUUCAAUGGAAAACCAGAAAGUGAGUCAAAAUCUUGUUUCUUCCAUGUUAAAAAAGUUUUUAAUUUGUUUGUGUUUUAAUAUUCUAUGUUUACCAGUAUAAUGUUGGGGCGUUUUUCGCCUAGCUCCAAAGCGUGCAGCCAACGGCAGGUGUCGUUCCUGAAGCCGGCAGCGGACACUGCCCUCGACAGGAAGGCUUCAAUUGUGGACGAGACCACCGGCAUUACCAGAACACAGAUGAAAGAAUUCCGCGAGGCAUUCCGUCUGUUCGACAAGGAUGGAGAUGGGACAAUCACUAAAGAGGAGUUGGGUCGCGUGAUGCGCAGCCUGGGCCAGUUCGCGCGAGUGGAGGAACUGCAGGACAUGUUGCAAGAAGUGGAUAGCGAUGGUGAUGGAAACGUCAGUUUCGAGGAGUUCGUGAGCAUCCUAUCUAAGUCUAUGUCGGGCGUCGGCGGCGGCACCAGCUCGGCGGAGCAGGAGGAGCGCGAGCUGAGGGACGCAUUCAGAGUAUUCGACAAACAUAACAGGGGUUACAUAUGCGCGUCAGACCUGAGGGCGGUGCUGCAAUGUCUCGGGGAAGACCUGUCUGAAGAAGAGAUUGAAGACAUGAUAAAAGAAGUGGACUCAGAUGGCGAUGGAAGGAUUGAUUUCUUAGAAUUUGUAAGAGCUUUGGGAGAGCCUGAAGACGCGUGUGACGACGAAGACGACGAGGAUGCAACUGAAGGCACAGAGAUACCACUCCCACGGCCGGUAGCCGCUAACUAAAAACGUAGAUGAGCUUUAUCUGCUAUUACAAAUAACGUUGGCUUUUGUUUGCAGUGGUCAAAGUAACACUGUGAUGGUCAAAUAAGCAGCGUAGUGUGGAGUUAUCUAGACGUGGGCGACAACGCAACAUUGACGCCUUUUUCUUUCAGUACCUAUGUUCCCAAAAUCGAUUCCGUGAUAAAUUCUAUUAUAUUUUAUAUAGAUAAAUUAUUUGACUAGGAAAAACGUUUGAAAAAUCCACUUACAAGAUGUUUAUCACUAUAGCAUUGUGGAUCCGAACUGAUAAAAUUGAUAAUACCUGUCUGAGAAACUCAGAACCUUUAAAGAUCUCGCAAGGCAUCUUUAGUGACGAGGAUCAACCUCACUUGGCUACGCGAGUGGUUGAAACCAAGCAGAUUAAUGUCAAUGGUUGUAGGCCGGUGGUAUUCCUGUGAAUCUUAAUUGCGAUCCAAAAGUCGUUGCUAAAGAGAGACACAACUAUACAAAUAUAUAGCGUCAUCCCGCUUCGACAACUACAUUUGAAUCACGUUAAGCCGCGGACCCACCGCAGCGAAUGCUGUGUGUUCAUUUGUUUGAAAACGUUGGUCAACGUUUUCACUGCAGCACACAUUAUACACGAAUAUUAAUACAGGUAUAUCGCAGUACAGUUUUGAAUGAUAUUUCUUGUGGAACUACCUACCACCUGGUCCCGUUUCCGUGUAUCGAAUCGCCAGCGCUGAGUUAUUCGCUGAGCUGCAUGCAUAUUCGCGCACGAUACGCGUAUCAAUUUGAUGUGUAACACAAGUCCACGGUCUGAAUGCUUGAAUGUGAGAAAUAAUUAAAACCUCGCGCCCUUCGCAGCUAUACUAUAGUCGAUUCACCAUAGACAAAUAAUAAUUUUAAAAUGGCGACAGAAUUUUUAUAAUCGAUAAUCAAAAGUUAACUGCUAUUGUUUUAACUGGGACUUAAUUGCAACAUUAGACACAUCUCAAACAGCUCGAAGGACCAUAUUACCUUGGGUUGCGUUAGUAGAAAUUUAAAUUGGCUAAAGGUUAUGCCAAGGAUAAUUACUAAUGGGGUUAAUAUGACAGUUCAGUGAUAUUAAUAAUUUUCUAAAAAUUUACAUAAUUUUUACUUUUCAAAUGCGAAUAUUAUUACUAAUAUCCAAUUAAUAAACAUAUAGCUUUUGGUGGUUUAAAAACACGGGUUUAGACUAGACUUAUUUAUAUAUAGUAGAAAAAGUUUUAAUAUGCGAAUAAUACAGACAUAAAUUUCGAUAUACUUUUACUAAAGCUUCAGUCUUGUAUUUAGAUGCAAAAUUAAAUAAAUUUCAUAAAGCUUUUAGCUUCAUGUAUUUGUGACUAAGAUUAAAAUAUUGUAUCUUUAUAAAUGGAGUGAGACAAUGCAACGUAUUAAAUGCUAAUUUAUUGUAAUGCUACAUUAAUAAAUGUAAAUAAUUAAGAUGCCUAAUUUUUAAGUAAUAGACUAUUAUUUCUGGAAACAAAAUGUUUUUUAAGUACAGUCACUAGUGGCGUAACUACAGGGUGGCAAGUCGGCAAAAUGCCACGGGCCCCCAGCUGGAAGGGGCCCCCGGUCAGAAGACUCCUUACACCCGACAUUUAUUAUUACGCAAUUAGUAAAAAAAAUGAAUAUCCAAUGUUUUUGCCACGGGCCUCAAACGGUAUAGUUACGCCACUGACAGUCAUAUAUAAAUAAUAUGAACAUAUCUUUAAUGAUUACACUUUCGGUAUUGGUUAACAUUACUGUAAAAAUUAUAAGGAAAACUGAAACUAUACAUGUCGAUAUUGUUUAAGUAAUUUUCACAAUUGUGACUGUACAAGCCAGUACAAUCUAACGUUUAACUGUCAUUUUACCUAAGGCUACGUACGCAGUGGCGACUUUUUGUAAACAUGAGUCCUUUGUCGCCUGUCGCCGUGCUUGAGAAUCAUGUGAAAACUAAGCAGCUUCGAUACUUAUGAUGAUAUCAGAAUUAAAAACUCACGAAAACAUCAGUGCGUGAUUUUUGUCAUCGUGAUUCAUUAUUGCGAUAGAUUAGUUUUAAGAAUUUUUAUCCUAUUAGCAGGCAGUUUCGGGCUUCUGCAAUCUUUCAACACAUAUCUAUUACAGAGAAUUUGUAACUCAAUUUUUUAUAUCUAAUUAUUCAUUAUAAUAACUUCCGCUAUUUUUAAUGGAGCAUGAUUAGUUCAUAUUUUUAUCUCGAUGUUGUAAAACAGACCAAUAUACAAAAUAAAUUUUAAUCAAUUCAU